CCGGUGUCUUUAAGGAGCCGGUGCUGCUGCGACGCUUCCCAGAGCCGGGCAGAGCAACUAGCGCCAGCGAGGACAACGCCGGGGCGGAGCGGCGGAAGCGAGCUGUGCAGGCCUAACCUACCUUGCAGGAUUAUUCUGAAGAUAAAAGGUUCUCACUUUUUAGAAGAGAUUAAAAGGCUUGAAAAUGAGACUGGGACAAGAACUCCUCCCAUUUUUCCUGCUGCUGGGAGCCUUUGUUGCAAUCCUGGGCAAGGAACUUCCCCUGCGCGUACGAGUAACUCAGUCAAGAAGAGCCACAUGCAAAGACCCAUCAACCCUACAGAUUUACCAGAAACGGGAGAGCUGGCUACGGCAAGCAAACCAACGGAUUGAAUAUUGUCGGUGUGAGAGCAAUGGCAUCUUUUGCCAUGCGGUGCCUGUCAGAGAUUGUACAAAUCCACGGUGCCUCAGUGGGGGGCGCUGCCAGCAAGCGCUGUACUCACCCAGCUUCUUCAUCUGCUUGUGCCCCCCAGGUCUCUCUGGGAAACACUGUGAGACUGAUACCAGAGCCAUGUGUUACGAGGACGCAGGACAGACGUAUAGGGGGACGUGGAGCACAACUGUGAGCGGAGUGGAGUGCUUGAACUGGAACCUCAGUUCCUUGAGGCAUAAGCGGUACAAUGGCUACCGGCUGGAUGCCCUGAAGCUGGGGCUGGGCAAUCACAACUACUGCCGAAAUCCGGAUUCUGACUCCAAGCCCUGGUGCUUCGUUUUCAGAGCCAGCCUGUACACCUGGGAGUACUGCAACGUCCCUCCCUGCUCCAACAAAAACGACACAUGCAUUUCUGGAAGGGGCAACAGCUAUCGAGGCAGCCACAACCACACGAAAUCUGGGGCCUCUUGCCUGAGGUGGGACUCAGAGAUCAUUACUGGGAAGGUCUAUAAUGCCUUUAGGGCAGAUGCGAAGCAGCUCGGUCUCAGUAGCCACAACUACUGCAGAAAUCCUGACAAUGACACCCAGCCAUGGUGCCAUGUGAUCAAGGGCGGCCAGAGAAAAUGGGAACACUGCGAUGUGCCAGCCUGCUCCACAUGUGGAUUAAGAGAGCAUAAAGUAGCCCAGGUCCGGAUCAAAGGAGGUCUCUACUCGUAUAUCCAGUCCCACCCGUGGCAGGCAGCCAUUUUUGUCAAGCUGCAACGAAGAGAGGGCUACCUCUGCGGAGGGAUUCUGAUCAAUUCCUGUUGGGUCCUCUCAGCCGCCCACUGCUUCACAGAAAAGUUUGACGCCAAUCGCCUCAAAAUUGUAUUGGGCAGGACGUCCCGCACGAAUCCCGAAUGGUCUGAACAGACAUUCCCAGUGGAGAAAUGUAUUGUGCAUAAAAAAUUUGUCCCAAGAACAUAUGACAACGACAUUGCUCUGCUGAAGCUGAAGUCGUUGUCCAACGAGUGUGCAACAGAAACAGACUUCGUUCGGCCUGUCUGCCUCCCGGAGCCUGGGCUGAAGCUGCCAGAUUGGACGGAAUGUGAAAUCUCUGGCUAUGGCAAACAUGAAGAAUUUUCUCCUUUCUUUUCGGAACGUCUGAAGGAAGGACAUGUGAGGCUGUAUCCAGCCAGCCAGUGCACACCUAAGCAACUUGCAAACAGGACAGUCACUGAGAACAUGUUGUGCGCAGGGGACACCAGGCAGAUCGAUGAUGCCUGCAAGGGUGAUUCUGGGGGGCCUCUGGUUUGUCUGAAUCAUGGCCGUAUGAACCUCCUUGGGAUCAUCAGCUGGGGCGUGGGCUGUGGGAAGAAAGACAUCCCAGGCGUUUACACGAAUGUGGUUCGCUAUCUGAGCUGGAUUCAGGAGAACAUGAAACCUUAAUGGCAUCAGCAAGCCAGUCACCCUUCCCAGUGAGCUCUCCUUGCAUCAGGGAGAGAUAUGGAUGCCUGAACGAGAGACUGUUCUCAUGCGCAUGGAGUGGCACAUGGCAGUUAAGGGAGGCACACAAUUCGGGUGGUACCUUAGGUCUCUCUUUUUUUGUAUGCCACACUACCUCACGCAAAUACAGCUCCCCCCCAAAAAAAAAUCCUCCUCAGGAAACUCAAGGGAUUGACAGGAGGAGGAUCUCGCCUGCACUGGCUUCCAAUAUGCUUCCGGGCCAGAUUCAAAGUGUUGGUACUAACCUAUAAAGCCUUAUACGGCGCGGGACCACGAUAUCUGCUGGAAUGCCUCUCCCGAUACGAACCGGCUCGUACACUACGGUCUACUACGAAGGCCCUCCUCUGGGUCCCGACCCAUAGGGAGGCCCGGAGGGUAGUAACAAGAUCUAGGGCCUUCUCGGUGGUGGCCCCCGAAUUGUGGAAUAGUCUCCCCAAGGAGGUACGCCUGGCGCCGACACUAUUAUCCUUUCGGCGCCAGGUUAAAACCUUUCUCUUCUCUGAGGCAUUUUAAUCUAAGUUAAUUUGAGUAAAUGUUGUAAUUUUAUUUUAGAUUGUGUACUUUUAUAUACUUGUUGUAUUAGAUCCUGUAAUUUUAUUAUUGUAUAUGUUUUUAUGUUCACCGCCCAAAGAGCUGUUUGCUAGUUGGGCGGUAUAUAAGCUUAAUAAAAUAAAAUAAAAAUUCCUACACAAUGACCAGGUGCAUCUGGAAGCCAGACAUCCAUUCAUUUUAGAGAGGGCAAGCAUUUAUUGCAAACAGUGACAGUUGAAGACGAGGCUCCAUACCUGUGGUGGUUCUGAAUGGCGGCAACUGCUUGGAGCCAUUCCUGCUGCGGUCUCUCCUGAUGUUUCAGAGGUAGUGCCAGCAUAAAAACUUUGGGAAGGGCUGAACAAGACAGAGAAUUAUCUCUCACUGCCUGUGACUUUGCACUAGGCAGUCAAAGUGGUAAUGAUUGGGAGGUCCUCCACUGCAAACCCCACUUCCCCAAAAGAUCAGACUUUUUGCCAUAAGGAAAAUGAUUGGAAAAUGCAAGACAACAAUUGCUUUGGAACAAUGUCAUCUAACCUUGUACAGAAUUCAUGAUGAAU